CCGAGCAGAAGCAAAGCAAGAGCAAAGCAAAAGCAAGAGCAAAGCAGUAGCACAAGCAAAAGCAAGACAGUCAUUGACAUAAAGACAAAACCAAAAAGAAACAAUAUCGCAGUUUAACUACAGACAAUUGUGUACGAGAAAGUGAAGUGUUGAUCUUAAAAGAACAUUAAACAAAAGUGAUCAAAAUUGCUGGAAUGGCCACCUUAUCGACACACCCCAAUUACGGUUUCCAUUUGGGCCAGGCCCAGGGAUUGGAGGACUACGCUCCGCAGGGCCAGCUCCAGCUGAGUCCCGGCAUGGACAUGGAUAUCAAAAGGGUUUUACACUAUUCCCAGAGCUUGGCGGCCAUGGGCGGAUCGCCCAAUGGACCCGCCGGCCAGGGAGUGAACGGAUCUCCAGGCAUGGGUCACCACAUGUCCAGCCACAUGACCCCGCACCACAUGCACCAGGCGGUCUCCGCCCAACAGACCCUAUCGCCAAACAGUUCUAUUGGAUCCGCCGGUAGCUUGGGCAGCCAGAGCAGUCUGGGCAGCAAUGGCAGUGGUCUGAACUCCAGUCACCAGUCCGCCGGAAUGCACAGCCUGGCCACUUCGCCGGGUCAGGAGGGUCACAUCAAGCGGCCCAUGAACGCUUUCAUGGUCUGGUCCCGCCUGCAGCGUCGUCAGAUCGCCAAGGAUAACCCCAAGAUGCACAAUUCGGAGAUCUCCAAGCGACUGGGUGCCGAGUGGAAGUUGCUGGCCGAGUCUGAGAAGAGGCCUUUCAUUGACGAGGCCAAGCGUUUGAGGGCCCUGCACAUGAAGGAGCACCCGGACUACAAGUACCGCCCACGCCGGAAGCCCAAGAACCCAUUGACCGCUGGACCCCAGGGUGGACUACAGAUGCAGGCCGGCGGCAUGGGCCAACAGAAGUUGGGAGCUGGACCGGGAGCCGGAGCUGGGGGCUACAAUCCCUUCCACCAGCUGCCGCCCUACUUUGCGCCCUCACAUCAUCUGGAUCAGGGCUAUCCAGUGCCGUACUUCGGCGGAUUUGACCCACUGGCUCUGUCGAAGCUCCAUCAAUCGCAGGCUGCGGCGGCGGCGGCGGUCAACAACCAAGGUCAGCAGCAAGGACAAGCCCCGCCCCAAUUGCCGCCCACCUCGCUGAGCAGCUUCUACUCGGGCAUCUACUCCGGCAUCUCGGCACCCUCGCUGUACGCCGCUCACUCCGCCAAUGCCGCCGGACUCUACACAUCCUCGUCCACCUCCUCGCCGGGAUCUUCGCCCGGAACCAUCACGCCCAAUGGAAUGGAUGGGUCCAUGGACAGCGCCCUGAGGCGACCGGUUCCAGUGCUCUAUUAGGGCUGAGAUUUAGGGUAGAGUACAGAGUAGAGUACAAUUGUUGAAGCAUUCCCAAAGUGAUCCACUGGUUUUAAAUCUUCAAAAGCUCUAAGUAAGCCAAUCCAAACCACUCCGCUUAAUUUUAGUACAAUCUUUGCGCACUUCAGAUCUAAGAACUAAGUAAAAAAAAACACACAAAACAUUCCUAGCCAAUACACAAACUAUAAACUAUAAUUUAUUUCGCGCACUCACUACACCACAAAAACAAGAAACAAAACCUAAUUGUAAAUUAAUUUUAUUUAGUUUUAAGCACUGAGAGAGCGCCUCCUCCUUGUUGUUUUUUUCGCAUCAGCACCAACUUUAAAUGUAGCUUCUAGUUUUAAAUGUCUAACCCUCUCAAAUUGUAAAUAUCCCAGCCAAUUUCGUUAUAGUGUCAGUGUAGCCCGAAAUGCGAGGAAAAGAACGUACAUCAAUGUAUUAUUGUAUUAUUAAUUGUAUUAAAAUUAAACGUUAUCAUCUAAGCGAAAAAUGGUUCAUGAAAGCCAACACAAAACAAAGACAUUUAAAA